AUGAGGAAUUUGAGGCUGGCGGGGCCGGCUGCCAGGGCGCUGCCCGUGGUGCUGGGCGCGAUGGCGGUCUUCGGGGUGGCCAGGAUGGGCACGGGCGUGCCGCUGUCGAUCUGGGGCCCCGUUUCCGCGGGCGUGUGGUUCGCCUACGCUGCUCUGGCGGGCUGGGACCGCCUGGGCUACGUGGAGCAGCUGGGCGUGUUGUGGGGGGCCGCCAGCGCGUAUAGUUUCGUGGCGUUCCUGCACAAGGAGACGUCUUUUCAGGGCUGGGGUGACGUGUACUUCUUUUGCGGGCCCCUGCAUGAGUACUGCACCUGUGGCUUCCGAUGGAACCUUCUUGGCUGGUGGAAGGCUGUCACUGUUUGGAACUUCUCCAUUGCCAGUGCCGUCGGCCUGCAGAAGCUUGCGCUGCAGUUAGGCCUUGGGGGACUGCUGCCCGGCGAGGAAGUUGUAACAAAAGACUCGUUCAUCAGCGUCUGUUGGCGUUUGGUGCCAUACUGGCUCAACAAUUGGGAACAGAAUUGGGGAACAGAAUGCAGUUCGAUGCUGUUUGAAGUUCCACGCUUUGCCUUGGAGCUGUUGGUGAUCCUUCCUUGCGUUCAGAUUUUGUGUUCCCGAUUGAAGAUUCUAGCAGCAGCACAGAUCAGGGUGGUUGUACCAGAACAGGAAGCAGGCAUGGUUAGCCGGGAAAACAUCGCCGCCAACGUCAUCAAAGGACAUUGGGAGGUGGAUCCAUCACAACGAAACAUGAUGAAGAGGCUGAGGUGCAACAUGCGCAUCAUGGCCUUCAUCGUCUGCCUGCUGGUCAUGGCAGGCCUCAACUCUCUGUGGGUGCCCCUGCGCCUGGAGCAGGAGUCCCUCAACCAUCCCCGCUCUGACAUGGCCAUUGAGGCAGGGCAAGCAUUGGAGUCAGGCUCCAACACCUUUGGCCUCAGGGCGCAGUGCGCCGCAUGCCCCGCUGGGUGGCCAUUCAAGGUUGCCGACGUGCCGGGCCCAGGGCCGCAAUGUAUGGACAGCGACGUGGAGUAUGUGGAGUCGCUCAAGACAGCCUACCUUGACAAGAGGCAGUGUAGGGACAUGGAGAUACUGAAGUGGUCGAUUAGGAAGCAUUCUGUGGAGCUGGGACGCAUGAGGGAUGAGGAUCAUCAGCGCAUGAUACCCCUCAUCGAGAUCGCGCUCGCCAUGAUGCGCUUUUCCUGCGAGAAGUUUUUCGUGCUGCUGACCGUCUACGUGAACUACCUGUUGUUCCGGGAGCCACCUCCCUUCGCCAGGACCCUGGUCCUGGUGAACAACGCCUUGUCCAUGAUCUUCCAGCACGUUGUGCUGUACACGUUCCCUGCCAUCUGCUGGGCGUACGGCGCUGGCGUUGUGUUCUCCACAUUUGUGUCCCUCAUAUUCUGGGCAGGCCCCCUGAUGGGCGCCUAUAGGCACUUCACCAAGGCCUUCAUGCUUACGCUCCCCAAGGACCUGUCCCCAGCCAUGCCGCACCAUGUCGAGCGGAUGGGCAACAACUGCGCGAUAUGCUGGGGCACCCUAAAAGCUGCCGCCUUCAACGGCGCACUCACCAAGUCCGCGGGAUCAGCCCUGCCGUGCGGCCAUGCCUUCCAUGCCGCCUGCCUCACCCAGUGGAUGGACCAGUGUCUCGUGCAGCAGCGGGCGCCAAAGUGCCCCAUGUGCCAAUCUGACAUCCAGUAUCGUGUCUGCGUGCGGUGGCCCUGGUCUCAAUCGCCAGCGCUGCCUGGCACUUCUGGCGCUGGCGGCGCCAAUGCCCAGGUGCGGCCUGUGACAGAUCAGGGGCCGCAGGCCGAGGCCGAAGGGGGUGAUGAGGACUUCUUGUUUGGGGAUCCCAACUUGCAGGGCCUGUUGGAUGACAUGCCGGACAUACUUGCUGAUGUGGUGGAGGACGAGGGGCAUGUGCAGAGGAUACUUGGCAGGCACGAGUUUGAUGGACUGAUCGGGGAGGACGAGUCGGGGGCAAGCGAGGGGGAGGCGAGCGAGGAGGGGGGCGAAGCGGGGGGGGAGGGAGGCGGGUGGGAUGCGUGUGAUAACGGGGUGGACCUGGCGAGCAGCCCUGAUUCGGGGGCCAGCCCCGGGCAGAGCUGCCGCACUUUGGGAGCAGGGGAAGACAGUCAGGGAGGGGACUGGGCGGGGUCUUCGGGAGGCGGUCAGGAUGGUAUAGGGAGCGAGGAUGUGGCAUCGCUGUCGGCGUCCUUCCAGCAGCUGCGCUUGAGGGAGGGCCCCUCGGUGUCGAGGAGCUGCAUGGGCUUUGGCCAGGAUGGAUUGGUGGCUUCGGGCUCAGAGCCGCAGUUGAGAAAUUCGCCUGUGGAGGGAUGCGAAGGGAGCACCACUGGGUAUGAGGGCCAUGCUGCCGGGGCCGUUUCGGGCAGUGCCCGGGCUGGGGAGGCCCACAGGCCCAUGGGGCAGGUGGUGAGCCAGCUGCCGUUGGAGAAGCCGUGGCUGGGGCCUGCCCAGUAG